AUGAAUGGCACUGACGUACUGGACUUGGAUGAGUACAUUCCAAUUGUUUAUAGUAAGUAGGGUAGGGUAGGGUAGGAUAGGGUAGGGUAGGGUAGGGUAGGGUAGGGUAGGGUAGGGUAGGGUAGGGUAGGGUAGGGUAGGGUAGGGUAGGGUAGGGUAGGGUAGGGUAGGGUAGGGUAGGGUAGGCUAGGGUAGGGUAGGGUAGGGUAGGGUAGGGUAGGAUAAAUAAUUUCCAUUUGUUUUUAGGUUUUCAUUCAUACGCCACGACGUCAGUAUGUGCUCUAGGUAUCAUGGUGAAUAUAAUAUUCCUUCAUUGCUUAACAUCAGUCGACAAGGAGAAAUCAGUCGGAAUGAAGAUACCAUUAACCAUAAAAUGUCUUCUAGACCUUAUCUGUGCUAGCAGUCGAUUUUUUCUUGAACAGGUAAGAACUUUCUUUACAAAUUCAAAAAUAGCAGAAACUUUCUUUACAAACAAAAAAAUGGCAAUAACUUUCUUUACAAAACAAAAAAUGGCAAGAACUUUCUUUACAAAUCGAAAAAUGGCAAGAACUUUCUUUACAAAACAAAAAAUGGCAAAAACUUUCUUUCCAAAGCAAGAAAUGGCAAAAACUUUCUUUACAAGACAAAAAAUAGCAAGAACUUUCUUUACAAGACAAAAAAUAGCAAGAACUUUCUUUACAAAUCAUAAAAUCGUAAAAACUUUCUUUACAGAACAAAACAUUGCAAGAACUUUCUUUACAAACCUUGUUUUUUCUAAAAAAACGCAGUGAGCUUGCGUGUGACAAGUUAUACGAUGAAAAUAACUCUUUUUCAGACAACCAUAGUGCAUUCAGGACAUUACCUUCAAAUUAAUGAUGGUUUUCCAAUAAUUGGUGAGACGGGUACCUAUACAUUGGCUUUUGCCCUUAACUUAUUUCAAGAUCUCAGCCUUGGGUUUACUGUAGUUUUAUAUGCUGUUAGGGUCAAUACUACUAAAAUGUGAGUUUAUGUUUGUUUUAACACAGUUUUUAUGUAAAAGGUUUAAGUAUAAGGUCGUAAAAAUUAGAUUUAAAGUUUUUGACAAAAUGUCACGAAAGUUAUUGGGAUUUUUUGCAAAGCGUCACAAAAUUGUUGAUUUUUAAAUUGCGUUUUUAAUACUGUAAAAAUGCUUGGAAACAUGUUCUAAGACUUUUCAAGCCGGUAAACAAAGUGUCACGCAGGUUAUUGGAAAAUGUUGCGAAGUGUCACAAAUUUAAUCGGUCUUUUAAAAAAGCGUUUUAGCUUUUUAAAUACGUUUUAUAUAUGUUUUGACACAUUUAUUUCAUUUUCAAACUAAUUAGACGAAGUGUCACAGGAUUUAUUGGAAAAUGUUGCGAAGUGUAACAAAUUUUACCUUUUUGGUUUUUGUUACCGGUAAAUUGCCUUUAAUUAAUGCUAAAGGGUUAAAAAAUACGUUUUUGAAGGCUAUUCUAAAUUUUUAAUUUGUUAAACGAAGUGUCACAAAAAUUAUUGGUUAAUGUUGCAAAGUGUCACAAAUUUUAACGAUUUUUUAAAUUGUUUUAAAAUCAGUUUGUUUUAGGACUGGUGCUAAUAAUCCAUUACAUCACUUAGUCUACAUAAUAUUCUACGUUUUACUGUCGAUAUUCACCGUAUUUCAAGUUUAUUGGUUUACUAUGACAAUAUAUCCGAAAAACGAGAAGGAUGUUACAGUAAUCGAUGAGCUUUUAAAAUACAACUUCAAUUUCAAUCACUCUUAUAUAAAUUAUCAAAAGAGUGAUAUGUAUAGAUUGGAAUGUCUGCUUUUCUAUAAUAUUAUUCUAUAUGGCUGUAUCACCUUGCUGACAAUGUUUUGCUUGAGAAGAAUCUCUGGUAAUAUGGACAAGUUAAAGUUACUACUGGACAAAGAUCUACUUGUCAUUCAUGAAGAAGUCAAUUACUCGGUUAAUAUUGCUGUAGGUUUUGUUUUGCUUAAAAGUUUAAAGUUUUUUUUUUUUUACGGUUCGGAGAGCGGUAGAGGAGGGGGCGCGGGAGGGGAGAUAUGGUAGGAAAUGAUAAGUUAGAGGUGAAGUAGGUAAUGAGAACGAGGCAUGUUAUACAUGUGUGGUAUUUUUUUAAGUACUGCGAUUUGGGAGUUUAAUGGCGCCUACUAAGCCUAAACCUACCAUAUAAACCUAAGCUUACUAAGCCUACUAAGUCUAAGCCUAUUAAACCUAAGCCUACUAAGCCCAAGCUUCCUAAGCCUUCUAAUUCUAAGCCUAUUAAACCUAAGCCUACUAAGCCUAAUAGUUGUUAGCUAAAAAAUACUAAGCCUAAGACUUGUUAGCCUAAGCCUACUAAGCUUAAAUUGGCUAAGCCUAUGUCUAUCGUUCCGAAGCUUCCAAAACGUAAGCAUACUAAGUUUACGCCCGCUUAAACUAAGCCUAUUAAGCCUAAAAUUACUAAACCUAACUCUAGAUUUUUAGGCCUUAAAAUAUAUUUUUUAAUUUUAUUAAGAUAUUUUUUCAGACCCUACUCUACGUCCUUCUCUUCGGCUUCCCUCUAACUAUCUACCUCUACACUGCCGUAAAUCUAGCUCCAUUUACAAUAACUCAGUUCGUAUCUUCCAUCACCUACUCUCUACUACCCAUAUGCUUCCCACUUGUCAUAAUGAGUGUAUGUGGUGUGUAUCGACGACUACUACUCAAUAUGUUCAGUUGUAAUCAGAAAAAGUCGAGAUUUUGGCCUCAGAAACAGCGUUUAACUCGAGUUUAUUCGAUUCAGGACUGCCAUCUGCGCCCGAGCAAGUUAGAUUGUUAUCAACGAAACUAUGUCAUGCGGGUCUAA